CUGUUGAUAUCAAUAUGGCGGUUGUCAACCAGACAAAGACAGUCAGUCUGAUGUGAUUGAGACAAGGGAGGUUUUCAGGGGGAGACUGGGAGACAGGGGCCUCCCCUCCCCCUUGUGCUCUUCCUGCGCGGCCUCAGCCCUCCCAGCCCCUCCCGACGGGCGCCCCACUCGGAAGACACCCCUCCCCCUCCCGCCUCCCUCCUCCCUACCCCAGCCCUUCGCACCGGGACGUUGGGGAGGGGGCUGUGCUGGGCGAGAGAACUCGGCGAGGAUUCGGAGAAUGGUAGAGAACACUGAUCAUCUCUGGAAAGGAUAUUGAUCCACCUCAUGUAAAGUAUGCUCAGUUCUUUUCCAGUGGUUUUGCUGGAAACCAUGUCUCACUAUACAGAUGAACCCAGAUUUACCAUAGAACAGAUAGAUCUGCUUCAGCGCCUUCGGCGUACUGGAAUGACUAAACAUGAAAUUCUCCAUGCCUUGGAAACUUUGGACCGGCUUGAUCAAGAGCAUAGUGACAAGUUUGGGAGAAGGUCCAGCUAUGGAGGAAGUUCAUAUGGGAACAGUACCAACAAUGUUCCAGCAUCUUCCUCUACAGCUACAGCUUCCACACAGACCCAGCAUUCGGGAAUGUCCCCAUCACCUAGCAACAGUUAUGAUACCUCCCCACAGCCUUGCACUACUAAUCAAAAUGGGAGGGAGAAUAAUGAGCGAUUGUCUACAUCCAAUGGGAAGAUGUCACCAACUCGCUAUCAUGCAAACAGCAUGGGUCAGAGGUCAUAUAGUUUUGAAGCGUCAGAAGAGGACCUAGAUGUAGAUGACAAAGUGGAAGAAUUAAUGAGGAGGGACAGCAGUGUGAUAAAAGAGGAAAUCAAAGCCUUUCUUGCCAAUCGGAGGAUUUCCCAAGCAGUUGUUGCACAGGUAACAGGUAUCAGUCAGAGCCGGAUAUCUCACUGGCUGUUGCAGCAGGGAUCAGACCUGAGUGAACAGAAGAAAAGAGCAUUUUACCGAUGGUAUCAACUUGAGAAGACAAACCCUGGGGCUACACUGAGUAUGAGACCAGCCCCCAUUCCAAUAGAGGACCCCGAAUGGAGACAAACUCCUCCCCCAGUCUCUGCCACAUCUGGGACCUUCAGACUCCGACGAGGGAGUCGAUUUACCUGGAGGAAGGAGUGCCUGGCUGUCAUGGAAAGUUACUUCAAUGAGAAUCAAUACCCAGAUGAAGCAAAGAGAGAAGAAAUUGCAAAUGCUUGCAAUGCCGUUAUCCAGAAACCAGGCAAAAAACUGUCCGAUCUGGAACGAGUUACCUCCCUGAAAGUAUAUAAUUGGUUUGCUAAUAGACGGAAGGAGAUCAAGAGGAGAGCCAAUAUCGAAGCAGCAAUCCUGGAGAGCCAUGGGAUAGAUGUACAGAGUCCAGGAGGCCAUUCCAACAGUGAUGACGUCGACGGGAACGACUACUCCGAGCAGAUACUUUAAUGGAGUGACUGCUCAGAUGGGUAAACUUCCUACCCUUCUUGAAACACCUUACAUGGGGACCUUUCAAGAUGGACCAUUGUAAGAGAUUUCUGCCUGUGGAUAACCCUGCCAGAUGAAAGCAGGUGAGGGAACACAGGAAUUACACUCCUACCUACCCUUCUAGUGCCAUUCAGUGCCAAUUAGACAGUUUCUUUCAGCGGAACUUAUGAUGUAGGAGUACCCCAUAAGACAGGUUUCUUCACAAUCUUUGUCCUUUAAGUGGCCCUUCACAGGGAAGGGACACCUAGGACAGACAGGCAGGGAGCCCACUUUAAAGUACCUUUCACCCCAACUAAGUUGAAAUGACCUCAAAAAAGACUUGGGAGAGGAAGAUCAGUAACACUGAAGUAUACAAAUCCAGUCCUCUAGUUCCUGAAAGAUUAUGGUUCAACAACGCCUGUUUUAGGUUCAGAUGUCUGGGUAUAUUUUUACCUCAAAGGGCAUAACACAUGAAAAAGUCACUGACUAUUGUUUCAGUUCUCCCUCUUUGGCCUUUGUCUUUAGGGAAUCUUGGUUUUAAAAACUUGCCUCUAGGAUACCAGUUGUCAGGCACCAAGUACAUCAGUUGAUCUGCCACUUCCUCUGUCUCUGCAUACCUCCUCUUCCAUUUUUCUAAGUGUUCUACCAUGGUGCCCUCAUCUUGAGUUGACUUUGCUAGGACUUUGAAUCUUCUGGCCACUGGCAAAGUGGGUGGUUGCAUCCAUCUCUGAACACAGAUCCCUCCUAUGAUGGCCAGCCACAUCAUCUCUGCCCACAACAGUGGGAAUAAGUUCUGUUUCACAAAUGAUUGCCCCCCAUCCUAAAAAUGUGAACCUCAAGCCCUUAUUCCCUUUGAUCUGAAGAAGGAUUUGGUUAGAAGUAGUCUUCCCAUUUAACUUAUGACUCUGCCUCUUAAAAUUGCCUUUCAUCUUUUGUUCAAAGAACAACCAGAGUAUUUUUUCCCAAUGAGUCUCAACAGAUUCUUAGGCAAUAAUUUUCCUUGUGGUUGAUGAUCUUGUGCUCAGUAGCUCUCCCCAUUUAAUAGUUCUGACCCUCCUACCUUUUGUGUUGAUUUCAUGUUAACCUCUGUGAUCGAAAUCCUAAGCCAGUGUGGUGGUAGAUUAUUGUCCUUUUGUUGUGAUUAUUAGUGAUGUUUGACUACUGUAUUCAUUGAGGCUGCAUCAAGACCAGCCAAAUCCAUUUAUAGCUUUACUGAGCCAAAUUUAUUUGUCAAGGUUUCCCAAGCGAAAGUUAGGCACAUGGACCAGCUGCUGGUGGUGUUUUGGGGGAGUGGGAGUGGGGUGGGAGGUCUAGGGCAAGAGUGGGUGUUUCAUGGGUAGAGUGUUCCUUUUUCUGUGUGCUCUUUAAAUAGCAAGGAUGUUUACUCAGGAUUUGGGGAUCACUUGUCAGCCAUAUUGAUUUUUGGCAAACUUAGCUGCAUGCCCUGAAGACCCUGUUACUGCCUCUUCAUUUCCAUAGCAUCUGGCUUAUGUACCCCAGGAAUACCAGCACUGCCCUGUGUGACGAUAGUGUGUAUCCUAAUGGGAGUGGAAGGUUUUCCCAGGAAGCAAAUGUGAGUGGCCAGCUUAUUUCGGAGGAUUUCAUGGUAGCAUGCUGUCAGAGCAGAGACCCUUUCUUUUUCUAUUAGGUGGUCUUCUUCAUUAUCCACUCUUGGCUUCAAAGAUGCCUAUCAGUUAACAAGAGAGAUUUCCCCCAAGAGAACUAACCGUAGGAAAGGCUACUGAGACACAGCACACCAACACCGGCUGCCUAAUGACACAAACUCGAGUGACACAAGGGCCAUUGUCAGUGCCCUUUCUCUACCCUGUCCUUGGCUCCUACUGGACUGAUGUUUGACUUGCCUCUCUAGAGUGCAACUUUGUUCAUAUCUAGGUACCUUCAAAAGCUGGAAGUUUGUGAAUUGAGAAUUUUCUAGGUCCCUUUUAUGAUUCUUUCUUGGUGGGGAUGAGAAAUCACAACAGAAAGAAACAAAGUUGACAAUAUGAGGAGUCCAGUUUCCUGUACCAGUUUCUUUUACAGUCAGUAAGGGGAGGAGAGGAGAGGAGAGGGCAUGUAGAUGGCAUGGCUUUGCAAGUCUGCAGGUCCCAGGACUUUUUCAUUCUUAACAUUUGGGCAGAACUAAAUGUAGCUGAUUUCAUUCGGGUGACACCUGACUAGCCUUUUGUAAUCUAAUCUGAGGGUUCGUCACACACAACCCACACCCCUCAGCCUCUAGCAGCAGGCAGGAGGACAUGUCAGCAGAGGAAGCUUUGCACUGCCCUCUGCUGACACCCCCGUCUGUGGCAAGUCUCAGCAGCGGUCCUCAUGCCUAGAGGCUGAACCUUGGUGCAGUGGCCUUGGCAGCGGGCAGUGGGCAGCAGGCGCACUCGCAGCUUGGUGUGUGCUUGGGAAGUUCUGAGAGGGCAGCUCCCUGACUCCAUUUUCAUUUUCUCUCUUUUCAGUAAGACUGGCUGUGUACAGCCAUGAUUAACUCACAGAUCCACAUUGGUGUGCUGUGAUCAAAUGAAGGUUUGCUGAAUCUUUUCAAAUUGUAACCAUGGUAAUUGAGGGGGUGGCAUAGAAUGAAUAUAUAAAAAUAUAAUGGCAAUUGUUCUGAAUGACUGAGUGUCCUCCUGACAUGUAAUUAGCUGUUUUAGCAGGAUGUAGAUUGGCAUGGUCAUAAUUAAGAGGAUUUCUGUCCUUUAUGUGAUUGAAAAUAGCAGAGUUCCCAUCCCUGUUCCCUUUUAGCACUAAUGCUCCCAAGAACAUUUGGAACAGCAACUCAGUAAACCAAAAUAAUGACACAGUAUUCAUGUCUCCCAAAGUAGAAGAGAAGGGUUUGGAGUUAUUUCAGUUCCAAAAUGGAAGCUACUGAUUGUUGCUCACCAUCUGACUUCUAGUUUGUUGAAACUUUUCUUGCAUCCAAUUUCAACCUGCUUCACCUGGGACAGAAACCACAGUUGGAAUCCCCGCUGCCAGCCUGGGAAGGCCUGGGGCUCCCUGCGCCCACUUGCUGGCUGUCCCACCUGAUGCCUUGCUGGCCUGCUUAGUGACAGCCACAGCCUCCUGGUAUUUCCGUUGCCAUCACCAUCCACUGUUCACCACACGGAACUUCAGAGUCCACUAGCGUCUUCCUGGUUGGAUCCUAAAAUCCAGAGCAGACAGUGUGAGUGGAACAUGGGCACCUGUGGUAUCUUGAAGUCACAGUGUGGAAGGACUCGUGAAUGUGCCCAGCCUCUCCCACAUCACUCUCAGCAGUUGCCAGCCUCCCCGUGGCAAGUGCCUUCUUACGUGACUCUGCCGCGUCAGUUGUCUCCUCACACUUCUGAGGCCGUGUCCUCUCUCCCCGCUGCACCUGUCCCCUGCUCUUCUUGUGCUGAAGGGCCAGUCACACUGGACAGGAGCUGAGACUCGCUGGCCUUUCCCUAGAACGGAGUUGGUGCAGGAGCCAUCAAGAGCAGGUCAGCAGGAACGCCGCAGCCAGCAGUGCCACGGGCCUCUCACCACCGCAUCCUCCCCUAUGCUCUGGAGUCACACAGCGGGAGCCUGGGGCCACUUGCCUCGUCCUUCCCAAGGCUGGACACUGCAGGACUGGUUAGUAGCCCCUGAAGAAAACUCAGCGCUGGCUUUUUUCCCAUCAUCUUUUACUGUUCGUCCUUCUACAAACCUUUCCCUCCACCUCAGAAGCAACCCUAGCCUUGCUGAAGUGCUAGUUACACUUCCAUUUCCUGAGGAUGCUGAGAGGCGGCCUGCCUGUUUAGAACUGUCCUCUUCCCCUGUCCCCAGACAGAGUUCAGAAGGUUUUUUUGCCUUUGGAUUCUUCCAUUUUCAUUCCUCCCAAAAUACCUACUAUGAAAUAGAUAGUAGUUGGGCUAGUUCAGGGGAGGUCCUGUGGAAGGUUUUAUUCAGCACUUUGUAAAUGCCACCUUACCCCACCACCACACACACGCACGUCUGCAGCCACUGAGGCCGCUCUUUGGGAUCUGUCGGUCUCUGUGACAAUCGGUUAUGGGUUUAUAACCCCGAAGAGCAGAGCAUCCCGUGUCUUGUUUUCCCACCUACUGACCAGUGCCUCUGCUUUAGAGCCUGGAGUCCGCCCUGGGACGAAUUCCUGAGGACUGCCCAGGGCUGCACGAAGACAGCCAGCACACAGGGACCUCCUGACGGAAGCUGCUGAUCCAAGCUAGGGAUCCAAGUCCCAGAAGUGCUGCUUACAAAGAAGUGACCCUGAAAAGACACUGCCCUUCCCAGAUGGUCCCAGAGGCUCUUCUGUGAUCAGACAACCCUGCACCAGAUAUUCCUGAACCACCAGCAGCCCACCCACCCCCAAGAAAACCCACUCACCAGGUCAGCGAAGACGAGUGCUCGCCAAGUCUGUACUUUUUGGAAGAAAACAGCAAAAGUCAAUCGUCCUUGUGAGAAUCUAGGGUGAGACCAUGGCAGUGCCAGAGGUGUGCACAGCUCCCCCGGCACUCAGCGCGUAGUAGCAGCUGACACGCGCACGUGUCCUGGCUCUGGACCAGGCGUCCACGCUGCCACUGUGGUCCUCAGGGAGGCCCACAGCCUCCCCUGGGCAACAGCACCUGAGCUGCCGCCAGCCAGGCGGGUCUCCAGCGCAUGCGCCGUCUCAGUAGGGGCAGAGCGGAGGUGGACCCUCACUGCUGCUCCCUGAAGUCACGACUCCCAGCCUGCUCCCGUUCUCGUGGAACCCCACUGGGCCACCUUCUCUGUGAGCUGAAAUCCCUCUGACGUGGAGGGGACCCCACAACCCAGCCUUUCUCCACAGCCCUCCCGAGGCUGCCUCCUGGGUCAGGGAACGAGGCGAGGCUCCGCAGCUCGGGGCGUGCAGAGCGCAUGUGAGUGGGUGCCGAGCACCUGGCCACAGUGCUUGCCCGUGCUCAGCAAUGGAGGCAGAGGGCAGGGCACACCCAGUGCUGCCCUCCGCUCAGCGCUCUCAGCAUCUUCUUUGGUUCCUGUCGUGAGCAACGUGGGUUUGCUCCGCCCACCCCUCAUCCUGCCAUCCUCUCCCCGUAGUCCUGACUGGAGGUGGCGGUGUGUGGACGCUGGGCUCUGGUGUUUGGUCUCUGCCCUGCCUUGCGCCCUUCCUGGCUCCUCAUAAGCCUUAACUGGCCCUUAAGUAGCAGCUGCGUGGAGAUGAACCCAGAUUUAGGACCAGCAGAGAACUCUGGUGUCCAGAAUCCAGGAAAGAUUGAGCUGCCUUGGGGUAGCUGGGUGACCUGCCAGAGUUCACAUCGGGGCUCAGUGACCAGUUGGGAACACUGAAGAGACAGAGGCUCCAGGCAGACCUGAAAAUUCAGCUAACUCAAAUUCUGUCCCCUCCCUUUCCAGCUUCUCCCUAUCACUCUUGACAGGUUCCCCAGGCUAUGGUCAUGUCACUGUCUCUCUUCUGACCUGUGUCACAUCGUAGGCAUCCUUGAAGCCCAAGAGAGAGAAAGCAGGAGCAAGACCACAGCUGUGGGUGAUCCCUGUGCAGCCCCCCAGAUCUGCCGGUCGGGGCUGCCUGUGAGUUAGCUGGCUAGGGUGUCUGUUACCCAGCCCUCACCCCCCAGAAACACCCUAAUGUGGAGGGAAAGGGUAUGUGUGCCUUUUAUUUUUGUACUGAUCCAGAUUUUGCUUCUCUGGUGGUUGUUGGGUGUCAUGGAAGUUCAGGAUGGGGGCCACAACGGAGUCCAUGGCAGAGACGAGUCUCGGGCUUGUGUUUGGAGACGUAUUCCUUCCUCUAGGACUUGCCAGCAUCCCAGCACUUCCAGCUGGAGUCUGACUGGUCUUGUUUGCGGCUUGGAGCACAGAAACCUCUCCCAUUUUUGCUUUAUUGGAACUAAGAGCUCAGCAUAAAUUUGAGUGUCACUUUUCUACUUCAUCAUUCCCUGAAGCUAUUAAACUGGAAACAGAGCAACAUCAGUGCUGCCUCAUGUAAACCUCCGCCUCUCACGGAUGCCACACUGACCGUUCUGUGUUGGGGCCAGAGCCAGGGGCAGUGCAGGCCACCGGGAAGGCCAAGCCAAAGCACCAGGGUGAACGUGGUUUGCUUUCCACACCCUGGAAGCUCUGGUGAGGCCUCUCCUUCCUGUCCUUUGGUUUGAGCAGAAGCCACGAGGAGCUUCGUCCUUUCCUGGUAGUUCCUGUUGGCCCUGUGUAGCACGUCUGGGCACCUGUGGGUCAGCCUGCUGCCUUGGUGGCUGUGGAGUGGGGACCUGGAGAGGCUCUGCCAGCCCCUGAGCCCUGCAUACGUCCCUGACUUCUUCACACCUCCUGGCUGCAAGGUAGGAUGCGCUCUGCCAGAAGGUGCCAAGAUUGUGGCGGUGGCCGGCCCUGGAAGAGCCCGCUGCCUUCUGAUUUCCCACGGGCUCGCCUUCCCAUAGCCAGGAGCAUGCUGGGUGUGCAGUUACCUUUCCAGGACAGAUUCUUAUUUAUGUUUAAGUGCCUAAGCAAGUUACCUCUGGAACCUGCCAGAGUCAGCCUGUGCCCUGUCCUUUCCACCCUGCACCUGGCCCUCGAGUGGCAUGGGCUGGCUGCCCCUCCCUACUGUCCCUGCUGUUCUGCAGGCAGAACCACCCCAAGGGUAAGCAGGGAGGAGAGCUCUUCCUGUCCGGCAGACUGACUUUGUCACUGUCCCCUGUGCUUCUUUCAUUGGUGUGCUUAUGGUCUCGGUUCAUAGAGGACCUUGAGGAGUCUGCUUAGCCAUCUCAGUGGCUCCUGAGUGACAGGGACUGGAGAGCAGGACUGCCUCAGAGUGGAAUCUGUCUGGCAGCAGUUGGAGGAUGCGCCCAGACCAAGAAGGCAGAGGGACGCAAGCCCAACCCGAGCCUGGGGCUUCACCCUCUGCUGGAUGGCAGGGAGCAGGGUGCCUGCUCACCAAGGCCGCAGUAGGGCGUAGAGCAAGAUCCAGCGUGCAGCUUUGCAAGCGAGUGUGAGGUUGUUUGCUUCUUUAGAGUGAUGUGUGACCUAGCUACGGGGCCUUUAUUCCGGGUGAGUGUAGGACAGGUGUGUGUGACCGUGCUCUGUUCAGAUCCCAUUGCUAAGCAGCACACAGAUCUGUGGGCGCAUGGAAAGGUUUUGCAAAAUGGAACAAUCCAUACUCAGGCACUUUAUUUUCAUUAAUAACCCAGCAUUUUCGUUCAGGCCGUGUAACAACCCGAGCACUGCACAUUCACACGUGGCGUGUGGGCGACUGUGCUGGUGGGGUUCUGCCAGGAAGGGCAGGGCAGGUGGCAGGGGUGGGCGUCACACCAGAGCACUACCCCGCUGUGGUGCAGACCAGGCUUGUCUGCAGGGUGAAGCCACACAGUCCCAGGGCAGCAGCAUCGUCCUCCAAGGCCCUGCCUAGCGGUGGCAGUGGCGGUGUAACUGAGCAGAGAUGUGCAGGUGGGGCAUGAGGAGAGGUGGGGCCCGGCCUCCCUCCCCUUCCCUGCACUGAACACGCCAGCAAGAGCAGAGGCUGAGGAACGAGGUGUGCGUCGCACAACAUGCGCUUGUUUGACGCUGGUCGUGGGCCAGGCACUAACUGGCAUGGCAGGUCACAUAAGAGGGCCAGCAAGUGAUGCCUAAUGGCCUGAUGAGAUGCCACAGGCCAGAGGAUUCCCCAGAGCAUUCCGCAGCCACCAGUUGGGGGCCAGAUGGGCCGUGUGGGAUCCUGCCACGAGGGGGGGCAGCACGCCCCUCCUGCCUUGGCCGUGGUGUGUCUUAGUCUUUGUGUUUCCCUUUCGUCCCCUGUCUGUCCCCAUCUUGUGCACCAUGUGUCCCUGAGGGCAAGUCACACCUGUGUCUGAGUCUGCUGUACGGUGUUCAGUCUACCUCAAGGGUCACCAUGGUAAGCUCUGUCCACAUGACUCCUCCUCACGCGCCACACACUGGAAUGUAUGUCUCCCUGCCCGCCCGCCCGCCCGCCCUCCAGACCCCCGACCCCGUGUCUCCUAUAAUCACAACUCCUAGUGCAAAUUGGAUGCUGCUUUAAAUGUGAAAACAAUUGUUCAAAAGCUAUAAAACCUGAAUGAAAGCUAAAGCUGAAUUUAUAAGCCUUGUUGCAUAUGAGCCAAAAGUGCAAAAAGCUCUAUAUACUGAACUAACCUGCCACUCGUAUAAAUAUAAAUAUAUAUAAAUAUAUUAAAAUCAGACUGUUCUACAAAAUUGUGUAUUUGUAUUUUUGUGUACGUACAAUUUUCUGCUAAGCAGAAGGAGGAUGUAGAAUAGGAUGCUGUGAGAAGAGAUUUGGUUUAAUCCCGUUUCUUUGUUACUUAUUUUUGUUAACAUCAGAUGCCUGUCCUUGUCUUCUGUGUUGACACUGUUUGGAAAGCUGCAGCAUCUCUUCCUUAGGGCCAGAGUCCACGGGAGAAUGAAGUCUGGGACUUAGGAGCUGCCAUGGCCACCCAAAAGGGAGUGGCUCUGGAAGCCCCGAGGGAACCCGGAGCCGCCCGCGGCCUUUGGUGGCAUGGAGGGAGGGGAAGGCCCGGGCACCACAGACCAGGCAUGGCAUUCUGACUUGCCUCUGGGAAGCAAAUCCCGCUUCUAGAAACCAACUUCCCAGCAGAACGUCAGAUCCCUCUAAUACGGACUCUGUACUGGGUCCACAGGGGCCACGCAGGAGACCUGGGACGUGGGGACAGGACCUCUAGUUUCCGGGCCAUCGGUUUGCCCAGGAAGCAGCAGUGGCCCCACCCGGCUGGGUGCCCAGCUCCCCUCCAGAGUAGUCGCUGCCUCUUUCGGGCCAGGUUUCCACAUACCUCCCCCGUGGAGCUGCCCAGGCUUCUGCACCAGACCUCCAGCCCACGCCCUGGGGCAAAGCCCACUUUGCCGGUGCUAAACACAAGAGGGGGUUCAGGUGGCCACCAGUAAAGACCAGAGCCCACCCACCAAAGGUCAGGCGGAAAGUCGCGCUCCGGUGCCCACUGCUGCCCGCCCACCGCAGCCCCCCAGUCCCUUGCUGGGAAGUGUCCCUAGGGAGAGCGAUGCUGCAGCUUCUCCUGUAGGACUCGGUUCACGACAGUGUGUGACGACUGUAGCAAGCAGCCCUUGUUUCUGGAUGUAAAUGGUCAAAGAAACAAGUGCUCUGUUGUAUUGAUUAAAAUAGUUCCAAUGAGUCCUGUUUCCUUGUAUCUCCUAUUCUGGAUUAGUGCCUUUUGGACAGUAGACUGUUCUGUAAUUAAAAUGUAGUAUACUGCUUUUUUGUACAGUUUUGUUUUAAUAAAACUUUUUUUUAA